CAACCCGAUGGAAACGAAUCAAUUGUUAGUCUCGUUGGGAAGAUUUAAUUUAGGUGUGAAUGAGUCACCUAAUAAAAGCUAAAUGCAUCAUGAGACAAAUCAUAUUCAGGUCGAUGCAAUCUUUCUACAUCCAAAAUACCGCCUAAGAAGCUUAGUCAACGACAUUGCACUUGUUCGACUAUCGACUAAGGCAAAAUUCAACAAUUACGUGCAACCAAUUUGCGUAUGGCUGACGAACGAAACGGAUUUGUCUAAUGUUGUUGGCAAAUAUGGAAUGGUAAUUGGCUGGGGACUAACAGAAAUGGGUAAUAGAUCAGAUAUACUCCAACAAGCGUCCAUGCCCGUGGUGCCUUUUCACACUUGCCUUGAGAGUAAUCGUAAUGCCUUUAGAGAUUACCUAUCAGACACAACUUUUUGUGCUGGCAGCAGAAAUGGCACUAGUGUUUGUUUCGGUGACAGUGGUGGCUCUAUGUUUUUUGAGAGAAAUGAUGUCUAUUUCAUUCGAGGAAUUGUCUCGGCGACUCCUACUAAAAUUUACGAAACAAAUAAGAAAGAGUGCGAUUCGAUGCAGUAUGCCUUGUUUACUGAUGUUUCCCAAUAUGUAUCUUGGAUUGAAAACGUGACCAAGUGCGAGAUGGGACCCCGAUGUGUAUCGAAACUCGAAAACAAGUUAGUUCGUGUCACAAAAUACGAAAUUAGAGUCGCCCCAGUUCAGAGUUCUAAACUUCCAAUCGAUUCAAUUCGAAAGAAGAGACAAAUUUCUGCGGGCAUUGAACCCGUUAUGGCAAAUUCAGAUCCACAGACGCACCAUUGGCCUUGGCAUGCUGCUAUUUAUGAACUCAACGAAUCUGUUGCUAGUUAUCGGUGUGGAGGAACUGUGAUCAGUGCGAGUUCAAUUCUUACAGCAGGUCAUUGCGUGUCUUCUUUUAAUGUACCGAUGGACACGGAGCGACUUUCAGUUUCUUUGGGAAAAUUAAAUUUGGAUGUCAAUGAGAGUACUGCGCAGAACUUUGACGUAGCCGAAAUCACAAUGCAUCCACAAUUUAGCUCAAUUGAUUUGAACAACGACAUAGCAAUUCUUCGACUUUCUACUCACGCUACAUUCACCAAUUACGUGCAACCAAUCUGCUUGUGGCCAUCAAACAAGAAGAAAUUGUCGAACGUUGCUGGUAAAGCGGGAAUGGUAAUUGGUUGGGGACUCACAGAAAUGGGUGUACGAUCGAACGUACUUCGACAAGCGUUCGUACCUGUCGAAGUAGAUUCGCGUAAAUGUCUGCCAACGAAUCGCGGUCUACUCAGUCUGUACAUGUGGGAGGCAAAUUAUUGUGCUGGCAGCAGAAACGGUACGGGUGUUUGUUUCGGUGACAGUGGCGGAUCAAUGACCUUCGUGGAAAAUGGAGUGGCCUACAUUCGUGGAAUAGUCUCGGUGAUACCAGGCAAACCGAAUAAAACCGCUGUAACUGCAACAAUUUGCGACUCUUACCACUAUGCACUUUUCACUGAUGUUGCACUAUAUUUGUCUUGGAUAGAACGUGCGACCAUUGAGAGUCAAAAGAAUGUUCAGUGCAUGUGA